AUGAAGAUGUACUACGACAAAGAACACAAGGACAUGCUUGUUGGAGAUAAAAAUAGUAUUGAUACUGCUAUGAAUAUGGUUGCUUUGCAACCAAUAUUACAUAGAUGGUGGGGCAAAGCUAUGAUUGGUUUUGAGCCUAUUGAAAAGAUUGAGAAUGGCAUCCGCCUUAGAUUUCGGUGGCUCUUGACAAGAGUAGUCGUGAUAAGAGAGAGUCCCAGAAGUGUGAGUAUCGAGAUAGAUGCUGUGUAG